GUUACGAGUCACGUGCCAGGAAGGCAAACUAAACACGGAAUUAGAGAAAACUCGAUGUCUCCGGCUUGCACUGGUCUCCUCUGGGCCCGUCAGGGUCCACCAGGCUCCCUCAUCUCGCUCCAAAUCCUGGACAGUCCAGGCAACAGGGGCGUGGAAAGUCGAGGGGACUGGGAGGUGUGUUUGCCUUGCCUCAGGCGCUGGGUGGGGUUGGGGCGUGCCAGCACUCCCUCCCUGGGCGGGCCACACGGAUGCUGGCCACUAUAAGGCCAGCCAGACUGCGACACAGUCCAUCCCCUCGACCACUCGUUUGGUGCUUCGCUGUCGACCGUGCGCUUCUUCUAGCCCAGUGAUCAGUCAUGGCAUGCCCUCUGGAUCAGGCCAUUGGCCUUCUCGUGGCCAUCUUCCACAAGUACUCUGGCAAGGAAGGUGACAAGCACACCCUGAGCAAGAAGGAGCUGAAGGAGCUGAUCCAGAAGGAGCUCACCAUUGGCUCUAAGCUGCAGGAUGCUGAAAUUGCAAGGCUGAUGGAUGAUCUGGACCGUAACAAGGAUCAGGAAGUAAACUUCCAGGAGUAUGUCGCCUUCCUGGGGGCCUUGGCUUUGAUCUACAAUGAAGCUCUGAAAUAAAAUGGGAAGGUAGAGAUGCCUUCUGGGGGCCUAUCUCAGUCAAAUCCAGUGGUGGGUAAUUAUACAAUAAAUCUUCCAUUUUUAUUACGCCUC